AUGAAGCGAAGUCGAAGCGAGAGCACGACUGCACGCUCAUCAUCAACAAAUGAUAGCUAUGACAGCAGCAGCGAAACAGACUCUCAGUAUGACACAUCUGUUUCAAAGGCACGCUCACCAAGCCCUUCUGUGCCCAAAAAACCUGUGGUGAAGGAAACCAAUCGUGUUGCCUCGAGUGCUUCAAAGCACAGCAAGACCGCAACUCCCAGCAGUACACCUUCAAAGCGAUCAAAACCUAAAAAUUCAGAGACGAAGAUGAACAACACGAAGAGUUCGUCUGACAAAGUGGCUCAAAACAAAUCGCCCAGCACGACAAACCGAGCCAAGUCAGGAAAUCCCUCUCACAUUUCCACAACAAAAGGAAGUACGUCAGCUUCCCACUUCAACGGGGUAUUUCAAAAGAGAUCCAAUUCUGGUAACUCGUCACGCAAGAAACAUGUGGUUGAAGUGAUCGAUAUUUCUGAUUCUGAAUACUCACCAUCCGAUAGUGAGGAUGGAACAGGAAGUUCCAGCAGUUCAGAAAGCGAGAUUGAAUCUCAUCAGACAAAAGAGCCAGCUCAUAAGAAAGCAAAGAUCGAGAACAUAGAUGAGCCAAAAGCUGAGCAGGCAAUCAGGAAAAACAAAAGCGGAAUGACCAACCAUCACAAGCAUGCAUCUCGUCCCCAGAAAGCUGAAGGAAAAGAAGCAACUCGAUUUUCUCGUGAGGAAGAUGCAGCUAUCAUUGCUUACAUUGAAGAAUCUAUUCGAACAGUGGAUUUGAUGAAACAUUUGCGCAAAGUGUUUCCUGAUCAAGCACCUCGAAAUAAAUCGAGUGUACGAUACCGUCGUCUAUCCAUCCUGAAAAGGUGCAAGGACAUCAUUCUUGGUACAGACAGUGUAAAGGAAUGA